UAAUAACCCAAAACAAGAAGCAACAAGAAUCCCCUUGUCCCCACAAUUCAGUCAAAGCAAGUAGAGGAUCGAUCCAGUUGUCCCCAUAGAGGGGAUGCGGAAGUGGUGAUGGAGAAAGCAGAGCAAGAGUUAGAGAGGAGAAGCAAGUUCCUGAACACCCUCAUACUGAGGAAGAAGGCCGUGGAGGAGCAGAAGAACCAGCCGCCGCCGCCGCAGAAUGAGCUCCGUAAUCUCCGCGUGAGGGCCUCUGACAUGCCCUUAGCUCUUCAGAACAGAGCUUUUAGGUGCGCUAAGAACUGCCUUGACUCCAUGCCCUCUCCCAAGCUUGACAGCAAACGCCUCGCCCUUGCUCUCAAGAAGGAAUUCGACUCAGCUUAUGGUCCAGCUUGGCAUUGCAUUGUGGGAACAAGCUUUGGGUCAUAUGUGACACACUCAAUGGGAGGCUUUUUGUACUUCUCCAUUGACAAGGUUUAUGUUCUUCUUUUUAAAACUGCUGUAAAGCCUUUGAACAAAUAAAUGAUGAUUCCUAUUACAUCUCCUGUUAUUUUGGACCGUUUUCUGGGGAGCGAACUCCUGUUAAGCUAGUCCUGAUCUUGAAAAGUUACAAGAACGGAGAAAUGAACUGUGGAAACUAAUGGCUGCACUGGGUUCUUAGAUUUUGUUCAUAUAUAUUGUAGCUAGCGUGUUGCAGUGUUGCAUUGCCACAUACUGUUUGUCACAUGUUUUCGUUUUAGCGUUUCCUACAAUGUCUUGUACCUUAGAGUAUAAAUGUUAAUACACAAAUGCAAUUUGAAUGCACAA